AUGGAGCCCAGCUUCGGACUCGAGCGACUCGAGGACUCCAUCUCGUUUCGGGCGGCCAAGCCGGGCAACAACGUUUCCUUCGGCUUGAUCUUCAUGUCGUGGCUGUCGUUUGCGUUCACCAUCCUGCUCUUCGCAUUUGCAACCCAGGAAGUCGGAAGUCUGGUGUGGGCUCUUUGGGGCGGCGGAAUACUGCUUGCCGUGCUGGUUCUUUCUAUGGGCUGGGCCCGGCGACUCACUGCGCAGAUGCUGCUCGGCUACUUCCUCCUCGCGGGCCUUCUGGCUGCGGUGCCCGUCGGUGACUAUGUUGCGGAGAGCUUCAUGGAGGAGUUCUGGCGCCUCAAGGGCGGUGCCAGCUACACACUUCGCGCUUCAGAUCCAGGCGCAUCUUUCUUGGACGCCACGCAGUUGGAGUUUGACACUGCCUUCAUUGAUGCGACAAAGAGCAUCGGCUUCAUGAAGGCUGGGCACCUGCACUGUGUGGCUCCAGUACUGAGUGAGUCUAAGCAACGACGCGCCAGCUUCUGGGUUGUGGGCGUUGACUGCUGUGGCAAACGAGGUGAAUUUGCCUGCUUGGGCUCGCAGGAAGCGGCGCGCUCUGGCAUUGUCCUGAAUGAUCGUGACGGCAUUUACACCAAAGCUGCCCGCAUGGCUCAGUCCGUGCAUGGCCUGGAGAUCCUCGACAGCACUGACAUUCUCCUGCUUGGUUGGAUCUCGGACCCGCAGCUGUAUAUGCAGCACCUGUGGUCGAGGGCAAGCGCGGUGGAAAGUCAUACGACUUUCCGGCUGGGACAAACUUGUGAACGCGCCGAGAGCCUGGCGUUGCAGCAUUUGGCUCAAGCAGUGAAGGGGCUUUGCCGAGAGGCCAUGCCCCGCUAUGCCUGGGUCAUCCGGGGGCAGUCGAUUGAAGCCGACUCGGUGGAUGCUGCUCUGAAGCUGGCAGGCGGUGGGCCGGCUGGUGCUUCCCCUACCCGACCAUACUCCGGCGGGUUCCCGCCUGAUCAAGGCUUCGCUGCGCCACUCUCUGGCACCUGGGCAUCGCCCGAAUCAGCUUCACCCCGUCGUUUCCCGCCGGAGACAGCGCAGGCAUUUGCACCUCGUUUGCAGCCCGCUGGAUCUGUCGCAGCAUCCAUCCAGAAGCCUGGAGAGCUGCGGCGAGUCUCCAAUGACACGAAGAUCCAGGCCCCGGAUGAGCCAACCUUUUAUGAGAACACACUGCUGUUCUUGCCAGAGCCUGCAGUGAACAAGCUGAAGCUAGAGCCAAACAUGUCAGACAAGGGUGACACGGAGAAAGAACUGUGGUUUGGCCGAGUCUGGGAGCUGCGUGAGCUCCUUCGAGCUCAGCGCAACGAGCUAUUGGCGAGGGAGGGCCGCAGCAAGCGAGAGGAAUUGACACCUCAACAGAAAGCAGACCUGGACAACCUGCUGCGUGAUCCCAAGAGGAAAAAUGUCUUGCUCCGUAUGGCUGCUACUUGGAAGGGUGCCGUGGUGCGGAAGCGCAAUAGCUUGAAUGUGCUGAACACGCUCAGGUUCGCCUUUUUGCGGGGCAGUGUUAUUUAUGCGCAUGGCUCCGGCGGAUGCAGCUGGGACAACUUCAGAAUCUGUCGGAUGAUCGCCCGGAUGGGCUUGUUGGUGAUUGCCCCAGACGGAUUUGCCUAUCCCAAGAACACCGCCAUGGGGCAGAAGCGGCACAAGGACCUGCAACCUUUGAAGAAGGCAAGUGAUGAAGUGGAUUACUGGGCGAAUGACUUGGUAUACACAUCUGGAUCUGAAGGUUCCUACACCUACAGCACCAAAGCAGAAAGCGUGCUGGAAGAUCCAGACAAGUUCCGUGAUCUCUACGAGCAGUGCUACAGAAUGCGGCAAAAUGAGCUCCACUUGAUCAUCUCGAAACUGCCCAGGUGGGUUCGCGCGCAGGGCUUUUUCAUCGGUGGUACCUCGGAAGGUGCCAUGACUGUGGCGCGCUUCGAUGACCAGCGGUAUGGCCGGCAGGUGCUGGGCCGCUUCAUCAACUCCUUCAGCAUUGAGUACUGCUACUUUACUCCAAAUCCCGACGCCGCAAAGCUCGGUGGCAAUUUGGCCGUGCCCACGCUGAACAUCAUCGGCACCCACGAUGAGUACUUUGGAGCUCAAAAUAGCGUGGCAGCUGCUGUCAAGGAGGACAAAGUCCGAGGCUUUGGGGAUGCGAAGCUGGACGGACAUGGCUUCGACCAGUUGAUGGAGCAGGAAGUUGACUGCGCCCUCAUAUGCCAGUUGGAAGAGGGGAAACACAGCCCCUGCGAGUCUCAUGACAAUUUCCUGCGGAAGCUGUUUCAGACGUUUUUCACGCGGCCUGCAGACAUUUGCUUCCUGCACGAGCUUUGGAAGGAUGAUCCGAUUUCACUGAACUGGGUGAAGAUGGAGAAGAUGCGAACGAAAGGUCAAACGGUGACGAAGAUCUUUGUUCCAAAGAUGGACCACCCGGUGAAGGUCACGUUGGCAGAGCUUGAGAACUUCAGGCGGAUGAAGAAAACGGCCAAGCUCAAUGAUAUGCUGAAGGAGGAGGAACAGCAGCGAGCUGCCAAGGACAGCUCUGUCAAGGGCUUGCUCGCCGCGGUGAAGCGACGAAAUAAGGCGAUGAAGCAGCCCUCGCAAGAUGGCUACAGCAUGAAGAAGUAG